UUUUCAAAAGGAGGACACCACGCGAUUCUUGAUGCUUCUGGCACUCAACCACUGACCACUACUCGGGAAGUUGAAGAGAUUCUGACCCUUCCGGGAGAAGGAAGACGAGGUCUCACCUGGUUCAGGUUUUUCUCUCUCUCUCCCUAUUCUGGCGUGUAUCUCUUUUUCCUCAACAUUUGACUUCAGCGUUAUCUUCUCCGCCACCGGGUCUUCUCGACGAGAAAUUUGAGGUGCUGAUCGUGGAAGGGAGGUGUUUGGGAGCCCUUUCGUUCGGUUCUAGUGUUUCUGGUACGCGUGCAAGCGGUCGAGCAGCCAUGGGGGAGAUAUUCUGGCUCGGAUCGGUUGUUUCUCUAUAAAAGAUGGCGUCUUUGGAUACUAGUCUACUGCACUCGGCCUCUACAUCAAUGAUGUCUUCUCCUCUUCGAAUUUUCUUCAAGGAUGCCGGGCGCGUCUUUAAAUUGGAUGAGCUCGGAGUGGAGAUUAUGAGCAUUGCCUUGCCGGCAGCUCUUGCCUUGAUGGCUGAUCCCGUUGCUUCUCUCAUUGAUACUGCCUUUAUUGGUCACAUAGGUCCAACUGAACUUGCAGCUGUAGGUGUGGCUAUUGCAGUGUUUAAUCAAGCAUCAAAAAUUGCUAUCUUUCCUGUUGUUAGUGUCACAACGUCCUUUGUUGCUGAGGAGGAUGCUGCAAGCAAAUUAUCAAGUGCUGAUCUUGAAAAUGUGGAGCGCAAUGAGUUUUUUUCUGAAGAUAGUGAAAUGAAGGAACUGAUAUCUCACAAUGGUCAUGAUGAGCAACUGCAAGCCUCAUCCUCAUUCUCUGAUACCAACACAGUUGCAUUUGGCCAUCGAAAACGUAUUCCUUCAGCCUCUUCAGCAUUAAUAAUUGGAGGGAUACUUGGUCUCCUUCAAACCAUAUUCCUAGUUUUGGGAGCAAAGCCCAUUUUGAACUAUAUGGGUGUGACAAAUGAUUCUCCUAUGAUGACACCAGCAUUCCAAUACUUGACAUUGCGAUCACUUGGUGCUCCUGCUGUUCUCCUGUCUUUGGCCAUGCAAGGAGUAUUUCGUGGAUUUAAGGAUACAAAAACUCCUCUGUAUGCAACUGUGGCUGGAGAUGUAAUCAACAUAUUCUUGGAUCCAAUUUUUAUUUUCUUUCUCCGAUUAGGUGUUAGUGGUGCUGCAAUUGCUCAUGUCAUUUCUCAAUACUUGAUUGCGGUAAUACUCUUAUGGAGAUUGCUACAACAAGUUGAUAUCUUGCCUCCUGGUAUUAAAGAUCUGCAAUUUAGUCGAUUCCUUAAAAAUGGUUUUCUAUUGCUUCUGCGUGUGAUUGCAGCAACUUUCUGUGUAACACUAGCAGCUUCAAUGGCUGCACGGGAAGGAUCAGUUCCCAUGGCUGCAUUCCAGAUAUGCUUGCAGAUUUGGCUGGCAAGUUCUCUUCUUGCUGAUGGUUUGGCUGUCGCUGGGCAGGCAGUACUUGCAAGCGCAUUCGCUAGAAAUGAUCAUACGAGAGCAAUAUCUUCAGCAUCACGUGUACUACAGUGGGGUAUGAUUCUAGGACUUGUCCUAUGUGUCGUACUCGGGACUGGUUUGCAGUAUGCAUCAAGAUUGUUCACAAAGGAUGCUGAAGUGUUACAACUCAUUCAUACUGGAAUCCCGUUUGUGGCACUAACUCAGCCAAUAAAUGCUUUGGCCUUUGUCUUCGAUGGUGUCAAUUAUGGAGCGUCGGAUUUUGCAUACUCUGCAUAUUCCAUGAUUCUGGUGGCGAUAGUUAGCAUUGCGUGUCUGGUUGUCCUAUCCUCUAGUUACGGCUUUGCUGGUAUCUGGAUAGCUCUAACAAUCUACAUGAGUUUGCGGAUGUUUGCUGGUUUCUGGAGGAUCGGAGCAGGGAGGGGACCGUGGACCUUCCUUUGGAGUUGAUCUGAAGAAGAAAA